UAGAGCUUUCGGUCGGUCGGAUGUUAGAGCGCGCCGGCGAAGUUUCCUAACCUUGCGAGAACACGUGUUUUCCUGUUUUUCGGAUUCACUCCAGCAGAACGAAUAUUUUACGGUGUUUUCUCACAGCUAAUGUCAAUUUAUCAAUCGUAAACUUUCUACAAGCUUACACAAGUUACUUCAUUCGCUAGCCAUGUAUUUCUCCUCGUACAGUAAAUUUAAUCGCUCUACAAAUUAGUCCAUUUUUCCAUUUGAAAGUGAUCUUUUCUCUACCCGAGCAGUUUUCUCUCACCUUGUGUUUACUAUUGUUUCCGCAGUGUUAAAAUAGAAAACAUGUCGUCCAUGUCAUUGAUUAAUUAUUUAUCUAUUUUUGGUGGUCACAAGAGAUGAUUCAUCUAGGUACAUGAUUGUGGUUUGAUUUCGGGUCUGAAAAGCUACUUGCAAGUAUUUAAGGAGUUUCUAUAAACAUGAUUUAGUGUGCUCUGGCGAGUGAAAAAAAUCAGUUAAUUUGGAGUGAUAGCUUUGCUAUUUUUGUUUUCGGUUUAUUUGAUAGGUAGUGGUGGUCUCCGAUUUGUUUUACAAAAAACAUACGCAUUUUGGAAUAUGGUUUCAUAAUCGGAAUAACUCUAUUUACUCGGAUCUUCGAAAAUUAGUGCGUGAUUUGCUGGCCCGAAAAAAGUGUUAAGAUGCGUUGAUUUGCGGUGCUAUGCGACUCUCCGCCACUCGGUUGGCAGCCGUCCUCUGCCUUCCCGCUCUUCGUCAUUCGCAUAUCAUCCUUAGACUUCAUCUCCUCUACGCUUUGAUAUUCUAUUCAGCAGCUGACAAUUUAGCUCUGUUGUCAGGCACGCUGCGGACCUACCAGAAAGCGGGUUGCAACAACCAGCCGGUCAUCCUCACGUGCCCGCCUGGCACCUGCAUCUUCGUUCAAGUGGCCCAGUACGGCAAGAAUCCGGCUGUCUGCGGCGACUACUCCCAGUUCAACGCCUUCGACCACUCAGUACAAACCAACGUGGAUUCACCGACCAGCGAGCCCUGCCUCUGGUCCAGCGCUCUCCAGUAUGCCUUAUUGCAGACGGUGGUGGAGGCGUGCCAGAAGAAACGCCAAUGCAAAAUCAACCCUUCACCAAAAGCAUCCGGAAAGGAUUCCUGUCCUGGCUCAAAGAAAAUCGUCGAAAUCGCAUAUAAGUGCAGACCUUAUGAAUUCCGGAGUAAGGUGGCCUGCGAGAAUGACGUGGUGCAACUCAAAUGCAACCCCAAUUCAAGGGUUGCUGUAUAUUCAGCCAGUUAUGGGCGCACAGAAUAUGAAAGUGUUCAAUGUCCUCAACCUCAAGGCGUUCCAGAGGAAACGUGCCUCGUUAACUAUGCUACAGAGACGGUGAUGCAGAUCUGCCACGGGAAAAGACGGUGUACAUUAGCCGCCGAUGCUGCCACCUUCGGCAAUCCUUGCAAACCAGAGUCUAGAAUGUACCUUAAAGUAGUUUACACAUGUGUGCCUAGAAAAGUAUUGAAGGAGCAAUACGAGGAGCAAGCAGAAGCGGAUGAGCUUCUGGACUCGGACGAUGAUGAAGGUGCCGAGGAGAUCUCGGACGAGAUUCUCACUGAUCCUUCGCCCAAUUUGGCCAGUGGAGGCCGGCAUAACCUGAGUUAUCCACCCCUGGCCUCCGCGUCUUCCACUGCCACACCUCACCUUAUUUCUACCAGACAGCAGUCUUCUAUAGACCCACCAGUUGAGAAAGUAAGCUCUCAACUAAGUAGUACAACUGAGUAUCCCCCUGUUUCUCGCCGUUUACAUCCUUCAACUGUUACUCCCAUCAUAGAUAAUUCUCUGCAGAAGGAUUCAGGUUCCAAUAACGACACUGGAUUUCUCAACUGCACCAUCACCAUUAUCACUAACAGCAAAACCAAAGUCAUCGGAUUUAUUUCUGAGUGGAUUAAUACUUAUUAUUUUUUAUUACAAAAUCAAGAAAAACUUUACCUGUACCUGAGUGUGAGCGUCGGUGGUGGUUUACUAGUUUUACUGUUAGUUGUAAUUGCAAAACUUCUAUGGCAGAAGCACAGGUUAAAAAAGACAGCAAAAUUUCACGAAAGUGCAAAUCAGCAAAGUACAUCUUUACCAAAUGGUUUCACUGAUGAUAUUAGUGAAAUUGAUGCUGAUAUUGAUCUGACAAUGACAGCACCCCCUAUAACAAUUAUAUCUCCACACUCACCAUCAGAGGUUGUCAGGUAUGGUGAGGCACAUUUACCUAAAAGUUUAAGUAGGAGUGGAAACAACCAAUAUUAUUACGGCUGACAAAAGAUGGCCGGGGGGCCUCUCUACGAAGAGGCUCGCUCGGCCAAUCCUCCUGGUGCAUGCCCUGGAUCUAGGACAUAUUGUUUUUAAAAUCAAAAAGCUCAUAAAUUUAUCAUGAACAAAUUUUUUAUACCAAAAAAGAAAAACAAUUUUGUACAUAAUGAUGUUAUUUAUUCUACUGUUGUAAAAUAUUCAUACUAUGUAAAAAUGAUUUUUUUUUAAUAAAACCAGAAAAUUUUUUCCAGGGA